AUGGCUACUCAAGAGCUUAAGAAGUUACGUACAGCGCGAGGCUAUACAAAAGCUUCCAUUACUCGCCUGUAUACAUUUUGUAACAAUGACAGUGAUGUAGCUAGCAGUGCUUUAUCGGCGCUCGAUGCCAAAAGAGCGAGGGUGACGGAGCUCUUCAAAGAAUAUGACAAAUGUAACAAAGAAAUUCUGUCUUUGGACGAAGAGGAUGCAGAGGAUGUUGAAGACUUUGAGGAUAAAUAUUAUCAUGUACUGACAGUCCUCAACGAGGCAAUUAGUCGUAAAUCCUCGCCCUUGUCUGAAUCUCCUGCCGCCGCAUCAUGUCAAAAUAACUUUAAGGCUAAGUUGCCUACUAUAAAGAUAGAUGUGUUUACGGAUUCGUACACGUCACGGGCGUACCAGUUGGAGCGAGAUGACACCAAGGACCCAACUAUCACCGAGUUCCUCUUGUACCUGGAGAAGCGAGCCUUGGCACUGGAGAAUGCUGAGCCGUCCACGUCGGGGAAGUCUCAACACAAGGCUGUGGUAAAUGUGACAGCGACCGCCUCGACUGCCUGCAACUAUUGUAAGUCCAAUCACAGAUUAUUUGAUUGUAGCAAAUUUAAAAUGCUGACUAGCACUGAAAGAAUAGCUUUCAGCAAGAACAACAGUCUGUGCUCUGUUUGUCUUAACAAACACAAAGGUAAAUGCCGCUUUCAUUUCCGGUGUAGUACUUGUAAAGAAGCUCAUAAUAGCUUACUGCAUCCGGAUUCCUCGGCUAACCAACCCCAAGUAUCUUUGAUUUCAAACUUGGGGCAAAAUGGAGUGUUGUUACCUACAGUCAAAGUUAAGCUAUAUUCGCGGACAGGUAGUGAGGUUCAUGUGAAAGCUCUCUUAGAUUGUUGUUCACAAGGUUCUUUGGUGACCACUAAAUUAAUAAAGAUUUUAGGAUUGACCCCAAGCAAGGAAAACACCAAUAUAAUUGGUGUCAAAGAGUUGACUACUGACACACAGUAUUCUAUACCUUUAGAUGUGUACUCAUUGACCAGACCUUACCGAGUCACAGCGAACUGUAAUGUCAUGGAUAAAAUUACAUGUAAGCUUCCACAAGACAAGCUUAAUCUAGACGCUAUCAAUAUACCUGAUGGGAUCACUUUGUCUGAUAUUGAUUUCCAUCAGCCGUCUGAGAUCAAUUUACUAUUAGGCGGGGACAUAUUUUUCCAGGUCCUGCUUCUGGAGCCGGUCCCUGGGCAGCAGCAGGAGUCAGAUGAAGACCCAGCGAGUCCUCAUCCUAAAAUUGUAAAUACUAAGCUUGGCUACAUCAUCGGUGGUGCUUUAUCACGACAGCAAACCAGUGACAAAAAUAGAUGGCGCUGGCUGUACGUCUCCAGUGAAGAAAAUCCUAGCGACUGCCUGAGCAGAGGUACAGAUCCAGAUGAGCUGCGUCGCAUACCUAUGUGGCUGCAUGGACCAAGCUUUCUACAGGACGGUAAAUAUAAUUUUAAUGAUAAAACUAGCCCUCCUGCGAUCGAUGACCUACCUGAAUUGAAAAAGCAGCCCUCCAGUGCUAAGGUGACGCUAGUUACUCAAAAGUGUUCAGAUCCUUAUGAUUUUUUGGAGAAGUUCUCUGAUCUGAACAAAAUGGCUCAGUGUGCGAAACAGCUGAUGGGUUCUUUGCCACCUGAAAGGGUCACAGCCUGCCGAGCAUUCCAGAAAGUCGGCAUCGACUUUGCAGGUCCCAUAACAGUGAAGAAUUCUCGCGUUAAGUUUAAACCUUGA